AUGGACAAAAAGAGUGAAAAUAAGCAAGUUGAGGUAGGCUCCACUACACAUGAAAAGGUAAAGAAUUUUGUUGCUCGAAAAGGGGCCUUUGAUAUUCUGAUUUUGUUUUACUUAAUAAUCUUGUCACCAUCUGUCUUGAAGAUUAAUGGACCGAUAUUCUAUUUUGCCAGUGGUUAUGGAAGUUAUCAUCACCAUUUAUCUAUUAUUGUGGGGGAAUCUGUGCAUUAUUUUCAAUUUAAAUUGAACUGUAGAAGGCAGAGAAAUAUUAAUGUGGUAUAUCUAUUUCUUACUCAACGAGCUUUUUCAUUUCCUGUUUGUUAUGGUAAAUUUGUCAAUCCAUGUGACAUUGGCAGGGAAAAUAUUGCUAUGGAAGUCACCCAGGUUCUUCUAAGUGCACAAGCAGUUGAUUCAACGGUGCGGAAACAUGCUGAAGAAACUUUAAACCAGAUUCAGGAGCAAAACCUUCCUGGUUUCCUAUUAUCUCUUUCUGGAGAGCUUGCUAGUGAGGAGAAGCCAGUUGAAAGUCGUAAACUAUCAGGUUUGAUUCUUAAAAAUGCUUUGGAUGCCAAAGAGCAACAUAAAAAAUAUGAGCUUGUACAAAGAUGGUUAUCGUUAGAUGUGGCCCUGAAGAGCCAAAUCAAGGCUUGCUUGUUACUGACACUCUCCUCUCCUGUGCCUGAUGCUCGGUCAACUGCUUCACAAGUCAUUGCAAAGGUUGCAGGCAUCGAGCUACCCCAUAAACAGUGGCCUGAGCUGAUAGGAUCCCUCUUAUCAAAUACUAAUCAGGUCCCACCUCAUGUUAAGCAAGCUACACUUGAAACUUUAGGGUAUAUGUGUGAAGAAGUUGCUUCGGAGGUUGUUGAUCAAGAUCAAGUAAAUAAGAUACUUACAGCUGUUGUCCAAGGUAUGAAUGCUAAUGAAGGUAACAAUGAGGUUAGACUUGCUGCUACCCAAGCUUUGUAUAAUGCUCUUGGCUUUGCUCAGGCAAACUUUUCCAAUGAUAUGGAGCGAAAUUACAUAAUGAGAGUUGUCUGUGAGGCUACUCUCUCUCCUGAGGUGAAAAUUCGUCAGGCUGCUUUUGAAUGUUUGGUUUCUAUUGGGUCUAUAUACUAUGAGAAAUUAGCUUCAUACAUCCAAGACAUUUUCAACGUUACAUCCAAGGCUGUCAGAGAAGAUGUGGAGCCAGUUGCUCUUCAAGCCAUUGAGUUUUGGAGCUCUAUCUGUGAUGAGGAGAUCGAUAUUCUGGAUGAGUAUGGAAGCGAUUUUAAUGCAGACUCUGAAGUCCCGUGCUAUUAUUUUGUCAAGCAGGCUAUCCCUGCACUUGUUCCUAUGCUCCUGGAGACGCUUCUUAAGCAAGAGGAGGAUCAGGAUCAGGAUGAGAGUGCUUGGAAUCUCGCGAUGGCUGGUGGCACUUGCCUUGGUUUGGUUGCCCGCACUGUAGGGGAUGAUAUUGUGCCACUUGUCAUGCCAUUUAUUGAAGAGAAUAUAACAAAACCUGAUUGGAGGCAGAGAGAGGCUGCUACUUAUGCAUUCGGUUCCAUACUGGAAGGUCCCUCACCAGACAAAUUAAUGCCUAUCGUCAACGUUGCUUUAAAUUUCAUGCUCACUGCUUUAACAAACGACCCAAGCAGCCAUGUGAAGGAUACAACGGCAUGGACGCUGGGAAGGAUAUUUGAAUUUCUUCAUGGUUCAACGGUGGAGAUGCCCAUUAUUACUGCUGCAAACUGCCAGCAGAUUAUUACAGUUCUGCUUCAAAGCAUGCAAGAUGCUCUAAAUGUUGCUGAAAAAGUGUGUGGCGCCCUCUAUUUUCUAGCCCAAGGUUAUGAGGAUGUGGACUCAUCAUCCCCUUUAACACCUUAUUUCCAAGCAAUUGUUCAGUCUCUACUUAAUGCUACUCACAGGGAAGAUGCUGGGGAGUCACGACUUAGAACUGCUGCAUAUGAGACACUGAAUGAAGUAGUUAGGUGCUCACCUGGUGAAACAACUCACUUAAUAUUGGAACUGGUUCAAGUUAUCAUGACAGAGCUUCACAAGUCUCUUGAGUCACAGAAGCCUUCAUCGGAUGAGAAAGAAAAGCAAAAUGAAUUGCAAGGCCUUCUUUGCGGGUGCUUGCAGGUCAUUAUUCAGAAACUAGGAGCAUCUGAUGGCACUAAGAAUGCCUUCUUGCAGUAUGCAGAUCAGAUUAUGAAUCUUUUUCUCAGGGUUUUUGCUAGUAGAAGUGCCACUGUCCACGAGGAAGCAGUGCUUGCCAUUGGUGCGCUUGCCUACACGACAGGCCCAGACUUUACAAAGUACAUGCCAGAAUUUUACAAUUCCUUAGAGAUGGGUCUUCAGAACUUUGAGGAGUACCAAGUUUGUGCUGUUACGGUUGGUGUUGUGGGGGAUAUUUGCAGGGCAUUGGAGGAUAAGAUUUUUCCUUACUGCGAUGGGAUAAUGACUCAGCUUCUCAAAGACUUGUCAAGCAACCAGCUGCACCGAUCUGUGAAGCCCCCAAUCUUUUCGUGCUUUGGUGACAUAGCACUGGCAAUUGGAGAGAAUUUUGAGAAGUAUCUGAUGUAUGCCAUGCCCAUGCUCCAGAGUGCUGCAGAGUUGUCUGCCCACACAUCAGGUGCUGAUGAUGGGAUGAUAGAAUAUACUAAUCUUCUAAGAAAUGGAAUCUUGGAGGCGUAUUCUGGUAUAUUGCAGGGCUUCAAGAACUCUCCUAAAACCGAGCUUCUGAUCCCAUAUGCACCGUACAUCCUGCAAUUCUUGGAUAGAAUGUACAUGGAGAAAGAUAUGGAUGAUGUUGUGAUGAAAACUGCUAUUGGUGUCCUUGGCGAUCUGGCAGAUACUCUGGGAAGUAAUGCAGGUUCCUUGAUUCAGCAAUCUUUGUCAAGCAAAGAGUUUUUAAAUGAGUGCUUGUCUUCAGAUGACCAUUUGAUCAAGGAAUCUGCUGAAUGGGCCAAGUUUUCCAUUAGUCGUGCCAUUUCUUUUUAAGGCUGCAUCAUCAAGUCCAGUGCAUAUUCUUUUACCUCAAUGUGUGUGUUCGUGUGGAUUCCGGGCGGGGUUGCUUUCAACAUGUCGGGUCAUUAACAUUUUCUGACAAUACAAUCAUCUAUAUGUUGUCACUAACUCAUGCACAAGCAUCAUGUGGUUGGGGCUUUCAGGAACAUCCUGAAGAACUACCUUGAUAAGUCAAACUGCAAGUUGAAUUUUGGAGAUUGGGUUCAAGAGUGAACAGUUCCAAUAUGCUGAAUGGACAAACAAGACCAUGUGAUUAUUUGUUGGUCUGUCACGGUGUUAUUAAGAUGACACACCCCAUGCCAUUCUCGUGCUGCCUAGUAGUUUAAGGUGCCGAACUGUAAAGUUGGCAAGUUUUGAUUUCCGCAACACUUUAAGCCGGCGAUCCCACCACCAUUUACCCAUGUUUCUUAAUUUUCUUUGUAUCAUACAUCAUUUUGAGUAGAAAGAACCAGGGUUGGUCUAAGUCUUGCUUCCAUUGUCACAGUUGGGUACUUGCAUAAAAUCUCAUUAGUUCUUUCAACGUGUACUCAUUUCAAUGUAAAGGGUUCUCUUGCCACAUCAGCAGUAGAAAGCUUUUAUUUUGUCCACUAAAGCCAGGAGAUCAGGCCUGCUCAUUUUGGGGCAGUCUUACAAGGUUUCUAGUUAAGAAAUUUCGUUUGCAUCACUAAUGCUUCUAGCUCUUUCAACUCUUCAGAGUACAAUUUUUUCUUUCUCAAAUCAUUUUUGUAUCCAGAAUCUAUUUUGAUUUAAUAUUUGGAGAAUCCGAUGUUGAGAUGGUGUAAGCAGCCAUGAAAGAACUGGGAACAGGAUUGAAGAAUCCAUCAUCCAGGGGCAGUUGUAUUUGGAAAAUUUGCCUCAUAUUUUUCAGCUUUCAAGCGAUAUGAACUGUAAUUUUUAUGGUUUUUUUUUUCUUCUUGUUUUUUUCUCUGUACUGUGCCUUGAACUUUCCUUUUUCGUGUAAAAUUUGUACACCAAUUUGGUGAAGUUUAUCUGAAUACAAAGAAUGUGCAUAGCCACUCAAAUCAGUGUGUA